GGGAAGACGAAACGCGUUUGCUGGUCGUGUAUUAAAAGUUAUGUUUGCUCCAGUGACGGGUACUUGGGUUCAGGGUCUGGUGUCACAAGAUGGUCAGUGUGCGAUGACGCCGGGUGUAAAGAUGGAGUCAAAGAGCACGCAAAUCCAUUUGCCGUUGAUGGGGCGCGGUAGUCGCGGCGACCUCAACGACAAAGUUACUUUCUCGCAGCUAAAGUCGCCGGAGCAGCUUAACAAUGGACAACUCACGGGGAGCUCACAAAUGAAUCUAUGCAAUGGCGGCGCGGGCACCGUCGCGGUAACAUGCCUCGUGCCUAAGGUGCACAACGACUGCGGCGAUCAGAAAAAGCCCAUGGCCUCCCUCACACAUCUGCCUAAACGGCCGCCGGUUGACAUAGAGUUCUCAGAGCUUUCGUACUCCGUGAGUGAGGGAAGGAAGCGCGGCUACAAAGCUCUGCUCAAAGGCAUCAAUGGCACAUUCCGCUCAGGCGAGCUUACCGCCAUCAUGGGACCUUCUGGCGCCGGGAAGAGCACCCUCAUGAAUAUAUUAGCAGGAUACAAGUAAGUUUGCAUAAUAAGU